AUGUCUAAACAUCCAUUUCCAAGCAACUCCCCAUGGAAAGACAGAGAGGCCGAGUAUAAGGUAUUUGAAGAUAGCGUGUGUGGACUUAUGAAAUGUUGGUCAACACUAAGACUCACUGUAGAACACCAAUUUGGUGGACAAGACUCGGAACAAAAAAAAGAUUCGAUGAUUCAAUCCAUGUUAGCGCGGUAUAAAAAUAAAGGAAAUACAAUCAACCCAAACACACUCUGUGAUACUCUCAUAAGCUUUUUUGAAAACAAAAUGUCAACAAGUGUUGAAGAUGACAUCGAAGCGGAAAUACAGGACAUUUCUAAUUUGAUUGGAAGACUUUGUGCCGAGUGUAUUGUGGGAGAACUGACUUUAGCUAAACAAAUAAUCGAAGACGCUAAAAAGCCUUUAGAAAGCGCUGGGUUUGCGCAAUACGUUGACGGUGAUAACGAUGAUGACGAGGAAGACGAAGAUGAGGACGAUUGUUAUGACGAUCAAAAUGAGGACGAAGAAGGGGAAGAUGAUAAUGAAGACGGUGAAGAAGAGGAUGAAGAAGAAGACGAAGAUAAUAAUGAUGAUGAUAAUGAAGAAGAAGAAGUUGGUGACGAAGAAACAAACAACAACUACAAAGAUGAAGAAAACAAAACAACAAAUGAAUGA